GCCGCCUUCGGUGGAUACCUAUACACGCUUCCCCAUUGGUCCCAAGCACCCGCGUGAAGACCACGCGAUCAGGUAGCGAAAUCAGCGUUUCGGUCUGUAGGGUCGACUUGUGCCCGGGGAAGGCGCAGGUUGCUUCAUUUACCUCGGCAUUGCCAUUUCUAACAACCAGUCGAACUGCGAGGGAGGGAGACGACUGGUAGCUGACGCACCACCGCCACCUGUCUUCUUGUCUUCAUCUCUCUCACAGAUAUUUCCUGGACCCUAAUUUUCCACUUUUUGCCUUCAGGUGACUGGACGAAGCUGUUAAAAACAAUUUGAAUUACCGCUCACCUUAAUCGGAAUUCGUCGCCAAUCCGUCGCAAUGGCGUCUGAUUCCGAUCAUUCCACCUCCUUAGAUGAUUCCACUGACCAAAACCCUAACCCUAAUUUUAACACACGAGAAACAACCGAAGAACGAUUGCAGAUGCUGACAUUGGACCAAUCCAACGGCGUUGCCGUCGUCGAGGAGUCGUCCAAUCAACAAGGUUUGGGUGAGGCGGAGAAUGGAUCAGCAGCCGCAGAGCAUGAUGGAAGACCGGAGCCUCAAAUCGAGGAACCGCUCGAGAGCGGUCCCCCGAUGAAUUCAGCAGCGUCUGAAGCUGGUGAAGUGGUUCGAGGGCUUUCUUCUGCUGGCGUUGCAUUCAGAGACAACUCGGAGCUUGAAGCCGAUCAGCCAUUGAGCCCUAGUAGUAGCGGAUACGCUGGAGAAAGGGGUAGCAGCACAACUACUAGUGCAUCUGGAAUCGAGGAGUUUGAUGGCGACGAAAUCGAUGAAAUUUUUGAGGCAGUGGCUCCGCAGAAUGGCUCUGGUGAUGCUUCUUCGGAUUUAGUCCAGUGGAUUCCUGGAAAACGGCAUGUCGAUGAGGAUGAUGCUUCAAUUUCUUGGAGAAAAAGGAAGAAACAUUUUUUUGUGCUAAGUCACUCUGGCAAGCCAAUAUACUCCAGGUAUGGAGAUGAAUACAAGCUAGCAGGAUUUUCGGCAACCUUGCAAGCUAUCAUUUCCUUUGUGGAGAAUGGGGGAGAUCAUGUCAAAUUUGUAAGGGCAGGGAAACACCAGGUGGUUUUUCUUGUCAGGGGACCAGUUUACUUAGUCUGCAUAAGCUGUACUGAAGAACCAUAUGAAGCAUUAAAGGGGCAAUUGGAUCUUAUUUAUGGUCAGAUGAUACUUAUUUUGACGAAGUCAGUAAACAGAUGCUUUGAGAAGAACCCAAAAUUCGAUAUGACACCGUUGCUUGGGGGGACAGAGGCUGUUUUCUCAUCACUUAUUCAUUCCUUCAGCUGGAACCCUGCUACUUUUCUUCAUGCUUAUACUUGCCUCCCUCUUGCAUACCCAACAAGGCAAGCAGCUGGUGCUAUACUGCAAGAUGUUGCAGAAUCUGGGGUCCUUUUUGCAAUAUUGAUGUGUAAGCACAAGGUUGUUAGUCUUGUUGGUGCACAAAAAGCUUCCCUUCAUCCUGAUGAUAUGCUGCUACUUUCCAAUUUUAUCUCGUCUUCUGAAUCCUUCAGGACAUCCGAAUCAUUCUCGCCAAUCUGCUUGCCAAGAUAUAAUCCUAUGGCCUUUCUUUAUGCCUAUGUCCGUUACCUUGAUGUAGAUACGUACUUGGUGUUGCUUACGACUAGUUCUGAUGCUUUCUAUCAUCUUAAAGACUGCAGGAUUCGUAUUGAAAUUGUCCUUUUGAAGUCAAAUGUUCUCAGUGAAGUUCAGAGAUCCACGCUAGAUGGUGGUCUGCGAGUUGAGGAUCUUCCUCUUGAUCCUUCUCCUCGCUCGGGAUCUUUAUCUUCCCAUUUGGGGCAGGACAGACUUUUGACUGAAGAAGCAUAUAUUGGAAUUGGUGGUCCUGCCGGGCUUUGGCAUUUCAUUUAUCGAAGCAUUUACCUGGAUCAGUAUGUAUCUUCCGAGUUCUCACCACCAAUUAACAGUUCCAGCCAACAAAAAAGACUCUAUAGAGCCUACCAAAUGCUUUACACUUCCAUGCAUGAUCAAGGAAUUGGCCCCCAUAAAACUCAGUUUAGAAGAGAUGAAAACUAUGUUCUUUUAUGCUGGAUGACUCAGGAUUUUGAACUUUACGCAGCAUUUGAUCCACUUGCAGACAAGGCUUUGGCUAUAAACACUUGCAACCGAGUCUGCCAGUGGGUAAGAGAUGUGGAAAAUGAAAUUUUCCUGCAAGGUGCGAGCCCUUUUUCGUGGUAAUUUUUUCAUAAAUAAUAUGUAUACACAAUGUAAUUAGUAUUAUGGUUCUAAUAAAAUCCUUGAUUAUAUUUUGUAAAUUACCGGAAAAAAAAAAAUUUGUGAACCUUUGCAAUUGGAUGAAAUUGCCAUUGUACUAAGCAUCUGAGCACAAUAAAGAUGCUGGAAAUGCCAUUUAUUUUAAAGAGAUUAAUAGCUUAACAACAUUAUACACAAA